AUGUCUUCAAACCAAUCUGAACACGCAAAAUCUAUCUUUCGGCCUAACAUCACAGGCACAGCCUACGAACGGCACCAGAAGUACAUUAGGGACUAUGUGGAUGUGUAUGGUUCCUCAUCACGACCUUCUACGUCAGUAACAAAGAGAACGGAUUUUGAUGUGUUAAAGGAGCGGCAUCGUUUCCUUCGAAGCGAAGAAGAAGCAUCUUCUCCGACUCUUCCAUGGGAAGAGAAGCUCGCCGCGAAGUAUGAAGCAUCUCUUUACAAAGAGUUCGCGGUCUGCGACCUUAAACAUUACAAAAUGGGCGGGGUCGCCUUACGCUGGCGGACCGAAGACGAAGUUGUCGCAAGAACAGGGGAGACAACAUGCGGCAAUACACGCUGCGAACACCAUCACCCUAUCCCCAGUAUCAACCCAGGAGUAGAACCCCCUAAGCUAGCUACGGGCAAUACACGCUGCGAACACCAUCACCCUAUCCCCAGUAUCAACCCAGGAGUAGAACCCCCUAAGCUAGCUACGCUCGAAGUUCCUUUCGCGUACGUUGAAAGAGGGGAGCAAAAGUCCGCUCUCGUGAAGCUCGUGCUGUGUCCUUCUUGUGUAAAAAAACUGACGUACAAGCAAAGGAAGAAGGAAGCUGAGGAAGAGACCCUUUCACCGGGGGGUCAGGAUGAGGAUGAGGGAUGCGCAACGCCCCAAGCUGAGGAUCACAGGGUCCGUAACGAGGAUCACAGAUCAGCAACUCAGGACAGAAAAAGAAGGGAAGAGAAAACCAGACGUAGUUACAGAGACCACAGGGAUCAUAGGGAAUGGGGGAAAGGAGAAAGAGAAAGGGAGAGGGGCAGGGAUUCUCGAAGGCAUGAGAGACGUUCAGCUUCCCCUCCUCACAAGUGACGACCUGCGCAUCCCAGAUUGUAUUAUUGCAAGCAUAACAUGAUCCUAAUUACAGCGUCCGUGCGU